AACAGGACAAACGGAUGGGUUUUCAAUUAAGGUCAGGUGAUCUCGUGUCCGGGGUCGUGAUUGCGCGCGUGUUGCUUUUGUAUAUUGGCGUUGGAUGGUAGAUAAAAGGGUUUCUUGGAAGGUGGGUUCUUUUUUGGUGACUCUCAUGCUGAUAAGUAUGCCCUGGCAGCAUGUCCCUAUUGGACUACUGGGACACCUUGCGGCCGUCGGUCAAGCGUAGAAAGACUACGACGGAUGAUACGGACGACACUACUAGUUUGAGCGAUGCUGUUACGGACCGGAAAAAUGGGCUAGAGAUACCGGAGACAUCUGUGGUUAAUCCGGAUGUGUCAGAUACUGUGUGUACACCGUGUCUAGGCCCGGAGCUGGAGGGAGAUGAUGACCUUCCCUUUCCUGCAAGCCAGACGGAACUUGAGUCUUCACUCCCCGCUGUCGAUACGGAUAGCCAUGCAAUCGAGGAAUAUGAGGCCUCUCAUACCAUUUCUGAUCAUGAGGAGGAACCCGGACUACGGGAGCGGCUGCAGGAUGGUAAGUGGCGGAAGGGGAAGAGCUCCAUCUACGUGGAUGCGUUCAAUCUAGCGCUGGAAACUGUGCUAGAUGAGGAGGCGCAUCUAUUCGACGAGGCCGAGAUGGAGGUCUUCAAACAGUGGAAGGAGUUAUCAUAUGAAUCACAGUACCUGUACGUACGGCUCUUCCUCCGAAAGACCUCAGCCUGGCACCGGAUCAACAGACUGGGCUACUACUCCGACAUCUCAGACCUCACAAGCGUCGUAAACGACCUCCAACGUAGCCGUACUCUCCCCAGCAUCCCACCCCCAGCAACCGAACCCCCCAUCGACACAGACAACCACCCCGACACCCCUAAACUAGACACCCUAUUCCACUUCGCCGACCAAACAGACCAAAUCACCACUCUAGAAGAAGCCAGCUCCCUCCUUCUGUUGGACGAACUCAAAACCCUCGCCAAAGACGCCAAAGUCCAAGGCAAAAGCAAAAAGGACCUCCUAACCGCCCUGCACCGCGCCAGCCAACAACAAACCGGCCUCGACUGGACCAGCACCAACAAAGCCACCGCCAAUCGCGACAGCCACUUCAUCCAGAAGAUCCUCGACUACACAGGCGACUGUAUCCGUCUCGCCGCGGCGCCGAGGGAACUCUUCGAGCGCGUCCAUCUCGUCUUCUACCGCUCGACUGAGUGGACGGAGAAAUCCCUCACUACUAUCAUCCUGGCGAAGAUCUCACGCAGGAAUUUCCCGGAUUAUGUCGUUUGUCGGUCCAGUUCGAUUUUCCCGUCCCGGGCUUUUCUCUUGGAAUUUGAGUCUGCCUUGCGGACGCAGUUUGACAUAGACAAUAUCCUUGAGUUUAGUGGCACGCCGACAGUGUACUUACUCACCCAGGUCCAGGAUUAUGCCUACAAGGUGUAUCCCCGAUGGAAGAAGCUCUGCGAGCAGGAGCAGCAAAAGGAAGACCGUGUUUAUGAGUGCGGAGAGGGGGCUUACUUGCGACGCUUCUCGCCCGCGUGGGUCUAUACACGGAUUAUCCACAAGGGACUUUACCCGCUAGGCAGGUUCAAGGAGUACAAAGAGGAGCAUCGGCUUCUGUCUGAGUUACUGGCUCAGCGACUGUUUCAUGCUGCGCGGCGAGGGUCGUGGUAUCAGCGGAAGGCACUCCUGGAGGAACACUACAUGUGGAAUCUGAUGUCGUGGGAAGGACGCAGCGAGGACGCGCAACGGAAAUAUUGGCGACGGAUCGCGCUGCAGACUUGUGAGGAGGGACUCCAGGACCCGGACUGCCAUUUGAUUUACCAUUACGAUUUGCAGAAGCGGAUUAUGAAGCUGGAGAGGGCGCUUAAGGUGGUUAAACGCGAGCAACAUGAUUUUAGUCAUGUCAUGUUGGCUAAACCGGAGGAACGCACGGUCGAGGGGAUUCGUAUUGAGCGCGAGGAUUCACCUGCGCAGGAGGAUACGUCGAAACGGGGGAGACCGACUGUCUGGGUUGAUGAGCGGGAUGGCGGGGAGUGUCGUGUGGAGAGUAUGUGUUUGAGCUGGUAUCGGGACCAGGGGUGGAAGGGAUAUCAUUCUGAGGGAGGGAUUGUUCGGACGCUGUUUGGGUAUCUCUUCUACGACAUCCUCUUCACCUACGCGCCGAAUGUCUUUCAGACGCCUUUCCAGACCUGUCCCUUAGAUCUCCAUACGGACUCCUUCUACGCUACCCGCGCCUCGGAGAUCAACCAUCGUCUGGUAGAGAUCACCAACGGCGAAUCAGAGCGUAUCCUCCGCGCUGUUCACGCCCGUGAAGCCCCUCGCCAGCCGUGCGCUAUUGGAAUCGAUUGGUCCUUUGAGCUGGAUGACCUCGUUGAUAUCGUGCGGUGUUUCCGUGGCGAGGCCCUCGCGGCUAUCUGCAAGGUGCUGGCGCAGGAGUAUCAGCAGCGAGGGGGUGGGAUUCCGGAUCUGUUUCUGUGGCGGGUGGAGAGUCGGGAGGUGAUGUUUGUUGAGGUGAAGAGUGAGAAUGAUCGGUUGAGUGAUACUCAGAGAUUGUGGAUUCAUGUUCUCGGGGGUGCUGGGGUGAGAGUGGAACUUUGUAAUGCGGUUGCUAGGGAGGUGAGGUAUAGAUAGUUGUCUACUGGUGUAUAUACUGUUGUAGAUGGGUUGUAGAUGUUGAUAUACCCAUACAGAUGGAGUAGAUUAGGGUAUCUGCGGGCGACUCAUAGGAGACCAGAUACAUCUAGCAGAGCCUGUGGGCAUGGUAUAUAUC